AUGGCUACUUCACCCCACUCUCUAGCUGCCACUGCCGCCAUGAAUGCAGGUAUUCACAAUGAAGAGACGCGCCGAUCCUCUUCUGGUAGUAUGCGCAGGGACGUUGAGCGCGCACGUCGCCGAUCAAGCAUUCGAAUGAACCUCAACUUGAACGACCCGGCUAUCCCAGCACCUGGAGAGAUGCAGCAGAGUCCAUCUUCCCGUAGCAGGGGUCCAUGGCCGCAUAGUCCGCACCAUGAGCGUGCUCCUAGCCUGGGCGAGCUACAUCAAGAGCUAGAAUACGAGCAGGAAGGACAGGUGAACCGACUACUCAACAUGAUCCGUUCCCAGCAGGCCCAGAUCAACACGCUCCAGGCAAACCAGCAACAACCCUCUGCUUCCGCCGUCGACGACAGCACACCAACCUCGGAGCGCUCCAUGUCCAUACCUCCGCCGCUCUCACAAUCUACGCACAUCUCACCACCUAUCACUUCACCCUUGCCGAUUGCUGCACAACCACGGUCUCGCUCGCCCUUUGGUUUCGGUACCAUCAGUCGCCAAUCAUCCUUUGCCGACCGCUCACGCCACAGUAGCCAUGCCGGCUCCCCUGCUCUGCGUCCUGUACCAGGCCAGGCAGGAUCAUAUGAUCCCCACGAUAUGCUUCCCAGCCCAGCAGCGACUUCAAGAGAUGAAAGUGCCUUCUACCAGGCCGAGACCCAGAAUCUGACCCGGGAAAACCAGAUGCUGAAGCUAAGGAUAAGAGAACUUGAGCGCCAACUAGCAGACCAAAAUCUCACCAGCCAAGUCACCCAUUCGCCCACCGUCCACUCCGGCCUCGCUCCUGCUUCGACUCGCGAAAGCACGGACCAGGGUAGCGAUGGCGGUCAGCCGCCUGUGUCGACAGAGUAG